UUUCAGAUCCAUGUAAACAUAACCUCGUUGUGAACGUUGUGAAUUAACAAUCACAAGCGUAAAUAUCAAAUAGAAAAUAUCCGCUACCGCUCGGCUUCUAUAUCAUUCCGGAUUGCUUACUCGAAUUUCACGUCGUGAACCUUUCUACAAUGGCAUCUAGAGAACCUUUUUCCACAUUCACCAUUCCUUGCAAUCUCGGGGCGCGACACGGACUAACGGCAGCUUGGAUUACAGAGGACAAAAUUUCGGUUACUGCCUACAGCAAUCAAUUAUUGCAAUCCAUCAACAAGCGUCCCGCGAACACGUUACCCGUCAAUGUACACCAUCUGACGUCGAAUUUUAUUCUGGAUGAACCUAUCUUACGCAGUUUAGUUUCGGAAUGCAGUAACGUAUUCCUGAAUUUGCAGCUUGUGAAGAAUAGCACGCCUGCUGCUUCAAUUGACUAUCUGAAGAUAUCGCGUUCUUACCGGAGCGCAAUCCGAGCUUGCUUGGAGAAAUUGCAGGACUUACUGACCACCACUAAGCUUAGAGAUCCCGAGCAGUACCAGAACUACGUAACUAUUUUCUACUCCGUAGAAUGUAUUUGGCAUUUAGUGGAGAUCCUUAUCAUCGAUGCAAGCUCGGUUAAUGCCGUGGUCGCUAACCUGCUGGACUGGGUUCGUUUUCAUUUUCCCACUGCGGAGCGGUUAGCAACCGAGCUGCUCCAGCAGGGACGGGAAGUUGAUUCCAGCGAUGACUACUGGCCGGUGGUUAAGGGUUUGAUCGUUCAGGGUCAGUUGAAUGUGGCUAGAGCGCUGCUCAAGCUGCACACCAACUCGGAGAGUAUAGGUUUCGAGGUGGCUGAACAGAUUUUGCAAACGAUGCCGGUUUAUAGUGUGUACGGAGGGUUAUCGGUUCAGAAGUUUAAAUCUCAGUGGCAGUAUUGGACAGCGAAUGCACGGUCGAAAAUUGAUGCCGGUAUCUUAGCCUCGGAACCCGAGCUGGAGGAGAUUAUUAAGCUUGUUAUUGGCGAUCGUAAAACUUGGACAGAACAGUGUCGCUAUGCAUCCUGCUGGUAUGAGUUCUUUCCAGGAUAUCUGUUUUAUACGGAAUCAACAUGCAAGUAUUAUGAACUUGGAACAUUUGCGAAUAGUUGGCUUUCGCAGUGGAUCAGUACCGGAGGGUCAAAUCCGACGUAUAAAUAUUUGGACAAAAUUAUACUCUCAGUAAUGGAGAAUAAUCUUCCCCAAGUUCUGCAUAAUAUUCAGAACAUCUGUGACAACAAAUGGUUUGUUACACACUUGGUGGAUUUGCUGUAUCACUGUGGCCAUCUGACACUUUCAACCGGUAGCAAUGACGAACAGGAUGCGGAGAAGAAAUUCCGCGAAUCGCUGCUGUAUGAUUUUGGCUGCCUGUUGAUGUCUCGGAAAGCUUUCCUGUGGGAAGCGGGACUUGAUUAUUUGGAAUUUUCCAGCACGGAAGGCCUGGGAGCUAGGGAAGCCCUUUUGGCCAGAAUACCAAUUAAGAACGAACGACAGGCAAUGAAGCUGAUCAGUGCGGCGAAGAAGUACGGGUUCACCUCGGUUGAGAGUGAGAUUUGCAAGGUGCUUGUCAAAAGAAACCUGGCAAAUCGGUUGUACGGUAACGCUAUGGAGUGGGCGAUUCGUUCGAGGGACAGUUUUUACGUGACGGCGGUAGCUAAUAUAUUUCUGGAACACUACUGUAACCAUGGAGAGAUUAUGUGCGAGGAUGUUAUCGCUAACAUUGGCGCGAAGAUGUUCGUUUCGCCACGGUUGAUUUUUCUGGUAAAAUAUUACGACUUUCGUCAGUUUUAUCGGGAGCGAUCCUUCGCGCAGGCAGCUGAGCUGCUUAUAAAUCUGCUGGAUUCGAAGAUUACACCGAACUAUUUCUGGCCAUCGUUGCUAGCGGACACCAUUCCGCUGCUGGAGUUCAAGGAGCCCGUCAUUCCGACCAAGGAAACAUAUACCAUCCUGCACCAUCUGGAGUGGGACCUGGUGCCGAUGAUCGAGAAACGCAAGGAGCAGCUGAAGGCCACGGACAGUAAAAAGAUGCACGUAGACGGUGACGACGAGGGCAACGACCAACAGGCAUUGAUCGCGAAGUUUUCUUCAAAUUUGCUGAACAAUUGCACGGACGAUUUGGUGAAGCUGCUGCGGUUGGCGUGUGCUCGCAACUUGGCACGGGCCUUUAUCAUUGAGAAUACCGUUGUUGAUUAGGCGUGCUUUUAUUUCUGUUGCCAAUAAAGAUAAGGAUU